AUGGUUAAUGUUGGUCGAAGUGCGGCUCGAGCUACACCAACGUCGGGCGGCUCACCUGUCCGUUACGUUAUACGGUGGAGAAGUGUACGGUACGUGUCUGAAAAUGUGUGGACGAAGGCCGAAACGACGAAGCAGCCGUUCGUCACCCUGUUUAACCUGAGCAGUGAUGAGACCUAUCUAUUUCGUGUUAGAGCUGACAACGUUUUGGGACAAUCAGAGCCAUCAGAAGAAUCGGACAUCGUCUAUGUGAAGGAUGUCUCUCGUGCUGUGGAAGAGCCAAAGAAGAGAUCUGAUGAACAGGAGGAGAGUGAGGCAGUCAAUUAUGACCGGCUCGAUGCAAAAGUGGACUUAACGAAGCACAGGGCAAUCAAUAUUAAUCGACUACCAAACGAUCUCCAGGCAAAAAAACUUGGACAAGGUGCUUAUGGUACGGUAUAUCGGGCUAUAGAGAAGGCCACGGGGAAGACAUGGGCCGCCAAAAUGGUGCAG